CAGGAGCAGCACCAACCUGAGAGACACUCUACAUGUUCAGAGGGACAGUUACACCUUUAGAUUUUCCCACAAAUAAGUACUGCAGGACUAAUGGAGGAUCUGUGGAAGAAGAUGGGGGUCAUGUCACAGAGAAUGUGCCCAAGUUCAAGGGCUCCGUCUGAUGAGGACUUAAAGGCCCCAGAUGGAGGGAAAGAAGAGAAAAUGCAGAUGAAGAGAGAAAUCUCUCUUAUCAACGGAAUCUGCCUCAUUGUAGGCAACAUGAUUGGCUCCGGGAUCUUUGUAUCACCAAAGGGCGUACUCAUACACAGUGCCUCUUACGGGCUGUCGUUGCUGAUAUGGGCUCUUGGCGGCAUCUUCUCAGUGUUUGGGGCUUUGUGCUACGCAGAACUUGGCACCACCAUUACAAAGUCUGGAGCCAGCUAUGCCUACAUCCUGGAGUCGUUUGGCAGCUUCUUAGCUUUCAUCCGCCUGUGGACGUCCAUCCUGCUGAUCGAGCCGGCCAGUCAGGCUGUUAUUUCCCUGACCUUUGCCAACUACCUAGUGGAGGCUUUCUACCCGACCUGCCAGCAGCCGUACAAUGCUGUCCGCCUCAUUGCUGCAUCCUGCAUCUGUAUGCUCAUUUUUAUCAACUGUGCCUAUGUGAAGUGGGGCACUCUAGUCCAGGACAUCUUCACUUAUGCCAAACUUAUCACGCUCUUCCUAAUUGUCAUUGUAGGAAUCCUGAAAUUAACUACAGGAGAAACAAAGAACUUUGACAAUCCAUUUGAGGGCUCCUCUACAGAUCCUGGAGCCAUAGCUUUGGCCCUCUACUCAGCUCUGUUCUCCUACUCUGGCUGGGAUACACUCAACUAUGUCACUGAGGAGAUUCAGAAUCCAGAGAGGAAUCUGCCCCUGGCCAUAGCCAUUUCCAUGCCCAUAGUGACCAUCAUCUACCUGCUAACUAAUGUGGCGUACUAUGUGGUUCUGGACAUGCCUUCUCUGCUGGCCAGUGAUGCCGUUGCUGUGACAUUUGGGAAUGCAGUCCUGGGGCCGUUCAAGUGGAUCAUCCCUGUUUCAGUGGCCAUGUCCUGCUACGGAGGACUCAAUGCUUCUAUCAUUGCUGCCUCACGGUUGUUUUUUGUUGGAGCCAGAGAGGGCCAUCUCCCCUGCAGUCUCAGUCUGAUCCACCUGGAACGCUACACACCUAUACCUGCACUGCUGUUCAAUGGGUUAAUGGGCCUGAUCUUUCUGUGUGUGGAGGACGUGUUCCAGCUCAUCAACUACUUCAGCUUCAGUUACUGGCUCUAUGUGGGUCUGUCUGUGGCUGGCCUCAUCUACCUGCGCAUCACUCAGCCAGACCGAUACAGGCCUGUCAAGUUGACCCUGUUCUUCCCCUUCAUCUACUGUCUGUGCAGCCUGUUCUUAGUCAUCAUCCCUCUGUACGGAGACACCAUCAACUCUCUCAUAGGAAUUGGGAUUGCACUCUCUGGGGCGCCCGUGUAUUAUGUGGCCAUUUACCUGCCUGAGGAGAAGAGGCCCAAAUUCAUACAAAAAUUAAACGCCUAUGCCACCAGAUACACUCAGACGCUGCUCUACUGCUGCCUGACCGAACUUGACAUGGAGACAGAAACAAAGGCAGGCACUAAAACGCAGUGAACUGCAGACGCAACCCUGUCGUUCGUUUCUGCCUGAGGCCUCAGUGCUGAAAAACAAGGCCUAGCAUGGAAAGCACGGCAAGGCGUAGACUCACUACAUUUGUGAGGCUUACUUCUGCCAGGUCAAGUUAAAAAAAGGCUGACAUCUCAAAUGACUUACCUCAAAGGACUGGACAUUUCAGGGACUGCAAACUGUUCUUUUCUUCUGUGAAUGCGAUAUACUUUUCUACAGAGAUCGAGGAUUAUUUUCUAUGGGGAUUUAAUAAAGCUAUGAAAAAAAUAUGUAGUUCAAGUUUACAUUUAGUUUUUGUGUGAAGAUGAUUACUUUUUUUCUGCUUAAAAAAAUACAUCAAAUAAUGAUUCUUUGA